AUUAAUAACUUAUAAUACUCUAAUUAACACAACGUUUGGUGAACGUUUGAGCGGGAAGGCAUUUAGUACGUGAAACUAACGUAGCAGGGCCCAAGACACAUCACUAUCUCCCUGUCCAAUGGCUGAGGAACACGCUCGUGCUGCUCAGUAUGAGUAUGGAGCGACAUCCAAUCUUGUACUGCAAGCUGAUACUUCUCUGAUUCAAAGACGUGGGAAGGAUGAGGCCACAGGUGAGGUGCUGACACUAGUUGGUAAACUCUCUGGGACUAGAAUGGGAGACAGGGCACAAAGGACACGCCCUCCUGAUGAAGAAAAAGGACCUAAAAAGAAAAAGCCCAGACAUGAUAGUUCAGAGUUCUAUUCUUUUAUACCUAAAGGAUCAGGAGGACUCCUCUCCAAGGAAAUGGAGGAGAUAUCAGGACUCUAUUAUCGUCCAAGGACUAAAGAGUCGCGUGAGACGUAUGAACUGUUGCUUACCUUCAUACAGAAAUCUAUUGGUGAUCAGCCGAGGGAUAUUCUUUGUGGAGCUGCUGAUGAAGUAUUGGCCACACUAAAAGAAGAGCGGAUGAAAGAGAAAGAGAAGCAUAAAGAGAUUAAUUCAUUACUUGGUGAUAUAAGUGAUGAACAGUUUGCACAACUUUCGGGUCUUAGCAGAAAGAUAGCUGACUAUGGAGCUGACAAGCAAGCAUCAGCUGGAGAUGAAGGCAUUGAUGAAACAUACGGAGUUGCUGUUGUAUUUAAUGAAGAUGAAGAGCAAGAACUGCACUUGGAGAAAGGUGUGGCGAGAGAAGAGAGAGAAGAAGAGGAUAAUGAAGGCAUUGAAGCAGACUAUGAGGGAGUCCUUCAAACUCAUUUGGAUACUGAAGCUGGUGGGGCUGGUUCAAGGCAGAAAGAUACAUUAGAGCCCAGGACUGUUGAUGCCUACUGGCUCCAGAGAGAAAUAAAUAAAUUUAUGAAAGAUCCUUUAGCUUCACAAAAGAAAGCUGAUGAAGUCUUGGACAUUCUCAAGAAUGCUAUUGAUGAUAGAGAUUGUGAAAAUAAGUUGGUUCUUCAAUUAGGAAUGGAUCAAUUUGCUUUCAUUAAGUUAUUGUUUAAAAACAGAUGGACUGUUCUUUAUUGUACUCUAUUGGCGAAGGCUGAGACAGCUAAAGCUAAGAGUGAUCUAGAAGAGGAGAUGAUUUCUGAUCCUGUGAAGGCAGCCAUUUUGAAAUCACUGUCAGAGGUAGAGGAUGAGGACAUUGUACAGGAGGAGAGGGCAAGGAAGGCUGCUGCUAGGAAGUCUAAACUUGAGUCUGAUUUAACAGCUGAGGACAUGACACAGAAAGAAAAGAAGAAGAUGGGUUCUCGUAAGGUUCUUGAUCUUGAUGAGAUGACAUUUACUCAGGGAAGCCAUUUUAUGGCUAACAAACGAUGUCAGCUCCCAGCUGGGUCUUACCGCCAAACUAAAAAAGGUUAUGAAGAGGUCCAUGUUCCUGCUCAAAAAUCAAAGCCUUAUGAAGUGAAAGAGUCUUUAAAGCCAAUCAGUUCUCUACCAGUCUGGGCCCAAGGAGCUUUCAUGACAUAUAAGAGUCUUAAUCGUAUUCAGAGUCGAUUGUCUGAUGUGGCACUGCAGUCUGAUGAGAACCUGUUGCUCUGUGCACCUACAGGUGCUGGUAAGACUAAUGUAGCCCUAUUGUGUAUAGCAAGAGAGAUCAGUAAGCACAUGGCUACACCAGGUGACAGCACUUCUGUCAGUUUGGAUGAUUUUAAGAUUGUCUAUAUUGCACCAAUGAGGUCCCUUGUCCAAGAAAUGGUCGCCAAUUUUAGUAAACGUUUAGCUUGUUACAAUAUCACAGUCAGUGAAUUAACUGGUGACCAUCAGCUUACCAAAGAGCAGGUUGCAGCCACUCAGGUAAUUGUGUGUACUCCAGAGAAGUGGGACAUUAUUACCAGAAAGGGUGGAGAUAGAUCAUAUACUCAACUAGUCAGAUUAAUUAUCAUUGAUGAGAUUCAUUUAUUGCAUGAUACUCGUGGUCCUGUGUUAGAGGCUAUUGUUGCUAGAACUAUCCGUCAGAUUGAAGCCACUCAAGACCCAAUACGUCUAGUUGGUCUCUCAGCUACUCUACCAAACUAUGAAGAUGUUGCUACGUUCCUUAGAGUCGACCCGGCCAAAGGUCUCUUCUAUUUUGAUAAUAGCUUCCGUCCAGUUCCCCUGGAGCAGAGUUACAUUGGAGUGACUGAGAAGAAAGCUCUUAAGAGAUUUCAGCUGAUAAAUGAGAUAGUAUAUGAUAAAGUUAUAGAGAGUGCUGGGAAGCAGCAGGUACUGGUUUUUGUGCAUUCUCGCAAAGAAACUGUUAAAACUGCCAAGGCACUUCGAGACAUGUGCCUAGAGAAGGAUACCCUGGGACUGUUCUUGAAAGAAGGAAGUGCCUCUACUGAAGUAUUGAGAACUGAAGCAGAACAAACUAAAAAUCUUGAGUUGAAGGAUCUGUUGCCUUAUGGUUUUGCUAUUCACAAUGCUGGCAUGAACAGGAUUGAUAGGACACUAGUUGAGGAACUGUUUGCUGAUGGUCAUAUUCAGAUACUAGUAUCCACUGCAACACUUGCCUGGGGUGUGAACCUUCCUGCCCACACUGUCAUUAUUAAAGGAACACAGGUGUAUAGUCCAGAGAAAGGAAGGUGGGUGGAGUUGGGUAUGCUGGAUGUCCUCCAGAUGUUGGGUAGAGCUGGCAGGCCCCAAUAUGAUAAAAGUGGUGAAGGAAUCCUCAUCACUCAGCACUCUGAAUUACAGUAUUACCUGUCAUUGAUGAACCAGCAGCUCCCCAUUGAGAGCCAAUUCAUUAUGUCUGUCCUGCUAGCAGGCUCAGCUACAUGUAUUACAAGCAGAAGGGAAGACAACUGGAGGAGAUCAGAGACUGAUAACUGGAGACAAAACAAGCCAUCACCUAGUAUGAGGAGACGUGAACCAGAUGAGAGGGGAAGGGGAGCUUAUUGUCCACUUGGUGCUCAUGAGAAUUAG